AUGUCUCGGCGCGGCUGGCUGCGGGCGCCCCUCCGCCGCGGCGUCGGCGGCGGUGGCCCCCGGGCCCGCCGGCUCACGCUGCCGCUCUGGUUGCUCCUCGCAGUGGGAGUCUUUCGCUGGGCCGGGGCUUCGGACGGCGCUGGCGGAGAAGCGAGAGCCAUGGACGAGGAGAUCGUGUCAGAGAAGCAGGCGGAGGAGAGCCACCGGCAGGACAGCGCCAAUCUGCUCAUCUUCAUCCUGCUGCUCACGCUCACCAUUCUCACGAUCUGGCUCUUCAAGCACCGCCGGGCCCGCUUCCUGCACGAAACCGGCCUGGCUAUGAUUUAUGGUCUUUUGGUGGGCCUUGUGCUUCGAUAUGGCAUUCAUGUUCCAAGUGAUGUGAAUAAUGUGACCCUGAGCUGUGAAGUGCAGUCAAGCCCAACUACCUUAUUGGUAAAUGUUAGUGGAAAAUUUUAUGAGUAUACGCUGAAAGGAGAGAUCAGUUCACAUGAGCUCAAUAACGUUCAAGAUAAUGAAAUGCUUAGAAAGGUUACUUUUGAUCCAGAAGUAUUUUUCAACAUAUUACUUCCUCCUAUCAUAUUUUAUGCGGGAUAUAGUCUGAAAAGAAGACAUUUCUUUCGAAACCUUGGGUCUAUCUUAGCGUAUGCUUUUCUUGGAACCGCAAUUUCUUGUUUCGUAAUUGGAUCAAUAAUGUAUGGCUGUGUAACACUGAUGAAAGUAACUGGACAACUUGCGGGAGAUUUUUACUUUACAGAUUGCCUGCUGUUUGGUGCUAUCGUAUCAGCAACUGAUCCAGUGACUGUUCUUGCCAUAUUCCACGAGCUUCAAGUUGAUGUUGAACUCUAUGCACUUCUUUUUGGUGAAAGUGUCCUCAAUGAUGCUGUUGCCAUAGUGCUGUCUUCCUCAAUAGUAGCAUACCAGCCAGCUGGAGACAACAGCCACACCUUUGAUGUCACAGCCAUGUUCAAGUCUAUCGGGAUUUUCCUUGGAAUCUUCAGUGGCUCUUUCGCGAUGGGUGCUGCUACUGGAGUGGUGACAGCUUUAGUGACAAAGUUCACCAAAUUACGAGAGUUCCAGUUGUUGGAGACAGGCCUGUUCUUCUUGAUGUCCUGGAGUACCUUCCUCUUGGCUGAAGCAUGGGGUUUCACAGGUGUGGUUGCAGUAUUGUUUUGUGGCAUCACACAGGCCCAUUAUACAUACAAUAAUUUGUCUACGGAGUCUCAGCAUAGAACUAAACAGUUGUUUGAGCUUCUCAAUUUCUUGGCAGAGAAUUUCAUCUUCUCCUACAUGGGACUGACACUGUUCACAUUCCAGAAUCAUGUCUUUAACCCAACAUUUGUGGUAGGAGCAUUUAUUGCUAUUUUCUUGGGAAGAGCUGCCAAUAUUUAUCCCUUGUCCCUCCUACUUAAUUUGGGUAGAAGAAGUAAGAUUGGAUCAAAUUUUCAACACAUGAUGAUGUUUGCUGGCCUUCGUGGUGCAAUGGCAUUUGCCUUGGCCAUUCGAGAUACUGCCACUUACGCCCGCCAAAUGAUGUUCAGCACCACACUUCUGAUUGUGUUUUUUACUGUGUGGGUGUUUGGUGGUGGUACCACCGCCAUGCUGUCAUGCUUGCAUAUAAGGGUUGGUGUUGAUUCAGACCAAGAACAUUUGGGUAUUCCUGAAAGUGAAAGAAGAACUACCAAAGCAGAGAGUGCCUGGCUUUUCCGGAUAUGGUAUAACUUUGAUCAUAACUAUCUGAAGCCUCUGCUGACGCACAGUGGGCCUCCUCUCACGACAACCCUCCCUGCCUGCUGUGGACCCGUUGCGAGAUGCCUAACCAGCCCCCAGGCUUAUGAGAACCAGGAACAGUUGAAAGAUGAUGACUCCGAUCUUAUUCUCAAUGAUGGUGAUAUUAGUUUGACGUAUGGAGAUUCUACCGUGAACACUGAAUCAGCAUCGUCCGGUGCCCCUAGGAGAUUUAUGGGAAACAGUUCUGAAGAUGCCCUGGAUCGGGAACUUGCAUUCGGGGACCAUGAACUGGUCAUUCGGGGAACACGCCUGGUUCUUCCUAUGGAUGACUCUGAACCCCCGUUAAAUUUGUUAGAUAAUACAAGACACGGUCCAGCCUAAGCUUACUCAUUACUCACUUAGUGAUCUGUAAAAUUUGCACAUGUGAUUGUGAAGAAAUUCGUACUACCUAAAAAGUCCCAGUGCAUGUCUCUGAAUGUUUAAGCUGUAUAAAUGCUAUUUAUAUGGCAUCGAAAGACUAUAAAUACCCUGUACAAGGCAGAUUGUGAACAAACUCUUACGUUUUAUUGGCUGCACUAUGUAGACCGGAUCUGUUUUAGAAAGUUAAUUUCAGUGAUGUCGUGUGUCCCAGCUUUAUGUCCCAGUUCAAGUAUACAAGGUGACAGAUUUACUCUUUCUUAUAUUUACUUGACACUUAACCAGAGUACCGAGUUCUCGUGAUAUGAAUUAAUUUUAAGGCAAUGAAUUUGUGGGAGGGGAGGGAGAGGAAGAGGGGGGAGUGCUAGCAGGAGAAGUUCCUUUGUCGGGAAACUUGUGUUGAUUGCUGCUGCCUCUGUCGUGACCUUUUCCUUUCCUUUUUGUCCGGUGGCCUGUUGUGGUGCAAGAGGCCAGUGGCUCUGGAUCUUGCCCCAUUCAGAUUGGGGAGUGAAGUGCGGGGGCCCUUUGCCCCCCUUGCCAUGAAAAGAACAGAUCUGUUGGCUACAGUACACUGCUACUCGGAAAAGAAGGCUGCACAUGACUUCCAAGACUUUGUUUCUUUUCUUCCACUCCAAGACCUGGGAAGGAGUCGCGCCAUCCAGCCCACUUAGCCAAAGUACAGUUGUAUAUAGUUCAGAGCACUUGAUUUCGAUUUGGAGGGGCUGGGGCAGGCAGAGAGGGGGCAGAGGCCAGGAAGGGGAGUAAGGAGCAUGGUGGUUUCAGAGAGCUCUCCCCCCAAAUAUGUAAAUAAUAUAUACCAGAUAAGUUUAAAUAAGAAAUUCAAUUGCUGCUUUCUUUUUGAUUAUGUACUUUAUGUGUAUAGCAAGCUUUGUGGUCAGAAGUUUUUAUAUGAAUUUAAAUCGCUGCUCUUUAGCAGCCAAACAGGAGCAAAAUGUAAAACUUUUGAACUUACUUGUGUCUAAUUGUCAUUCAUUAGUCUGUAGUUGAUGUUAAAAGUUAAUUUAUGAAUCCAUGACGGUUCCACACUACACCACAGCCAGUCAUGAGAGAAGUACAGCGCUGCGGAGAGCUUGCUGUGAGGGCGGUUGCUCCUUUGUGUGCACCAGGUGUAGUUGUCUUCAAGCUCAUGUGACAUUUUAAUAUGAAAUACCUAAGCUGCCAUGUUUGUUUUGUUUUUUUACAGUUUUCAAGGAAGAGUACAUAACAUUGCCCAUUUCGUAUUCAGAGUAUGCAAGUGGAUCCUAUUUUGUAAGCUGCAGAUACCUAAUGGUGCAUUGAAUCUUAGCGGGGGGAUCCUUUCCGACACUGAUUCUGACCCAUCAAAGUUUCAGAAGAAAACUAGAAACUUCUGUGGGUUUUUUCCCCCUCAGGUCUGAGUAGCAUUGCCUUAAAUCGUACCCAAUUCAAAAACGGAUUUGUUUAUGCGAUGUUCAAAUUGUCCAACACAAAAUAUCUUUGCAAACGAAAUAUGUACUUGUCUUCCCAAAGGUUUCCUUGCUGUGAUGCAAACACUCCUUGCGAUUUUGAGGGAAUUCUACUGUUGGACCCUUGAGUGGCAGCUCUAACUGUUGGCAUAGCCAUUUGUUAUGUAGUGGUAGUGACUUUCCUGCUAUGCAGGAACCCCGUGAAGUGUGCAUUUUCUACAAUGUGUGCCUCUUCAUGCAGUCAAUAAUUUCUUGUUAAUGUGUGUUUGAGGGGCUUUGAACUUCAGCGUCAUUUACCCACGAAGUCAUUCACGUUGUAAAAGGUUAUAUAAGAAAUUCACAACUACCUUUUUUAUCCUGUCAAGUUACUGAGCUCACUUUAUGAAAAUUGCUGUAAAUACUUAGCAUGACAAAUUCAGUAACUCGUCUGUUUCAGCAUGCAUAAGACCUUUUCUUAGGGAAACUGAUAAAGUUUGAGUCAACUAAAUCUGCCUUCGUACUUUAUCAGAG